AGCUGUCGGGAGGCUGACGCAGGCUUUUCUUUCAAUUCACUGUACGGGAAGAGAAAGAAGGAGAGAGAGAGGCAGAAAGAGAAGGCAUUUGGCAGACGGCGCAGUGUAUGCCAUGGCUGCGGAGGGGGCAUGAUGCCAUGCCCGGCGCCACUGAAUCCAGCCUGACUUCGGAGGGUGUGUCCACCAAGCCGGGACUCAUCUGAACGGAAAACGUCUCACUUUAAAACCUACAAAAACACACGGAGCGCAGGAUCGCCGGGCGGCUGCGAGGGGUAUCGGGGAGGCUAGCGGAUCGGCUCCCGGAGAAUGGUCCGCUAGCGGGCUGCGAAGGCGGCGCAGCUGGGCGAGGGAAACGGAGACCCAGGGGAGAUGCGUUAAAGGGUUCGCGGACUGAGACGGUUUCCUGUUUUCGGCGACAGCCAGCCCGGCGGAUCCUUGGUGCCGAAGCGGCGGCGAUGCAGACCUUCCUGCGAGGCAAGCGGGUGGGCUACUGGCUCAGCGAGAAGAAGAUGAAGAAGCUCAAUUUCCAGGCCUUCGCCGAUCUGUGCAGGAAAAGAGGCAUUGAAGUGGUCCAGCUCGACCUCAGCCAGCCCCUGGAGGACCAGGGCCCUCUGGACGUUAUUAUCCACAAGCUGACCGACCUCAUCCUGGAGGCCGACCAGAACGACACGCAGUCCCUGCUGCUGGUGCAGCGUGUGCAGGAUUACAUCGAGGCCCACCCAGAGACCAUUGUGCUGGACCCGCUGCCUGCCAUUCGGACCCUGCUGGACCGCUGCAAGUCCUACCAGCUGAUCCACAAGAUUGAGGCUUGCAUGCAAGAUGACCGGAUCUGCUCCCCGCCCUUCUUGGUCCUCAACAGCGAGUGCGGCCCUGACACCCUGGAGCAGAUCAGGGAGCACAAGCUUACGUUCCCCUUCAGUAAGGCCCCCCCCCCCCCUUUUCAUUCUAUGGCCAUCAUCUUCAGCGAGGAGGAUCUGAAGAAUGUCACUCCUCCGUGCGUGAUCCAGAGCUUCAUCAACCACAACGCCAUGCUCUACAAGGUCUUCGUGGUGGGAGAGUCCUACACUGUGGUGGAGAGGCCAUCGCUGAGGAACUUCCCUUCAGGGGCAGCUGACAGACAAGCUAUUUUCUUCAACAGCCACAAUGUUUCCAAGCCAGAGUCGUCUUCUGAUCUGACUUCAAGAGAAAAUGUGGAGGGUGUGUCCUUGCCUCCCAGUGAUGAUGUCAUCAGGGAGCUGUCCCGGUCUCUGCGAGAAGCGCUGGGUGUGUCCCUCUUCGGCAUUGACGUCAUCAUAAACAAUCAGACAGGCCAGCACGCCGUCAUUGACAUCAAUGCCUUUCCAGGAUAUGAAGGCGUCCCGGAGUUCUUCACUGACCUGUUGAACCACAUAAUAAACGUCCUGCAGGCCCAGGCAUCAGAGAGCGCCCCCUCUGGGCCGCAGAAUGGCAGCGCGGCGGGACAGACCCCAGCCGGCGGUGAGCGCGGCUGCGCGAGUCCGUCCGGCUGCUGCAGCAUGCUGGGAAAAGACGGCAGCCCUUGGAUCGUGGAAGCGGAUGGGGGCAAGAAAGGUCCCCACCAGAGACUGGGUUGCAACUCUGCAGUCUCUCCCAACUUCCAGCAGCACUGUGUGUCUACGAUAGUCACCAAGGCCUCGUCCCAGUGACUGCCUCUGCCUCAGUCACUUGCACCCCACCCCCCCUAAACGCGACGACGGUGAUUAUAAUGAUUAUGAUAAUUUGUCUGUAAUCAAACCAACGCUCUCCUUUGGUGGUCUUGGUGACAAUGGAAGUGACACCUAUUUGUUUCUGUGUGUGUUUUCUUUUCCCCCUGUUAACAUUGCGUACUGUACAGACACUUGGACGUCAUUGAUGCUCCUGGUCUAGGUUUGCUUUACAUUUCCUCCAAAUGCCAUCCCAGCAUUACCACCAGUGUAGGGCUCAAGACUGGGUGUGGCUUCAGGUUGAAGCUGGGUCCUGGGUCAGUCCGCUGUCUGUUCAGCAUGUCUCCAUCCCGUGUGCAGAAUUCUUCUAUUCAUUCAUACAUGUUUUUCUUUUUUUUCCACUAAUUAACGUAAGGGGCGGGGAAUUUUUAAACCAAAAUGAUUUCCAUACCUAUCAUUAAAGGAGAACACCCACAUAAUAUAGUGAAGGAGCCCUCUUAUUUUUAAACAGCCCCCCUUUUUACCUUGAGAUGGCUGUUCACAAAAUAUGAUGUGACCCCCCCCCCCCCCGCAUUUGCUCCUUUCUCUUGACAUCACUGUGGCAAUGUGCUGGUGUGGCUUGGUUGCUAUGGUGGUGGAGAUUCAGCUGGAGGUGACGACCUUCAGCUUUCCACAGUACUCAGACACAGGGCAUUCAGCAGACCUCAUGCAUUCCACAUCUUCCUCAACUUCUUGACAUAGUUUAGCGUUUUUAUUGCUUCUUAAAAAAAUACUAUUUUUCAAAUGUGAUGUUUAUAGCCAUAGCAUAAAUUAUUCUUCCUCAAAAAAGGGCUCCUACUUUUUUUUUUUUUUUUGGAUGUGAACUAGCUUAAAAAAAUCUUGGAGAUUCACAAAUUUGGAAGGUUAAAUGGAAUUUUCUCUGUCCUGUCCCUGGCAAAUUGUAACAUUCCUGCUAUGGUCCACUAGAGGCAGCAUUGAGCAGACAGAUUUUGUAAGUUUCCAUUCUGGUCCACUUGAGGCAGUGGCGUGCUCUGUCAGCAUCUGUGCCCCAGCCUUGGGCCCUGCAUGUCUCCAUUCUCCUAGGUUUCCCAGCAAAGUAAUGGCCCCCUAAGGCGUGCCGUGUCAAUCUGUUGAUGUGGUUGUGAUGUCAAACGUGAGAGGUCGUGGAAGUUUUCAACUCCUGUUUUAUCUUCCAGCUGUUCACUGUGAGAUUACUUUAUUUCCCUCCUGUCCAUUUCCUCAAUAUUCUUAAAAACACACACAAAAAAAGAAAUUAUUUUAUUGAGAUUGACUUAUAUUUAUAUAAAUAGGGGUAGAAUUAAUAAGUGAGCAGAAGAAGAACAAACCAUUUUGAAUAGAGGCUAUUGCCCUCUAGUGGUGAGUGGCUUCCUCCAAUGUGUAUGUAGAGCUCCACUGGGCUUGUGUGGGUGUGGCUUAAUUGCUUAUCCAAUGGAUGAGAACUGAGGGGACUGAGGAAGAAAGGCGUGGCAUUUUGAUAGUGCUGUUAUUUCCUGCAUGGUUGUCCUCUUCAGUGUGCUCCGAGUGGGAAGUAGUGUCAGCAUUGAUAACUGCUCUAACCUGACCUGUCUGCUUCCACCGUAAUGUUUACUUUGAAAUGUUAUAUAUCUAUAUAUAAUAUAUAUGUAUGUAUACAUUAUAUACACAUAUAUGAAUACAUACAUGCCUAAAUGGUGUUUUUGUAACAGUUCAAAAGGAAAAACAAAUUUUUGUGACUUUUUUAAUUAAAUGAACCAUCUGGGUAAAAAAAUUAAAUAAAUACAAAAAUAUGAUGUUA